CCGAUCGAAGGCAGCGGGCGGAGCAGCAGCGACACCGCCCGGCCGUUUACUCCGAUCGCGGGGCGCCUGCAGGGCGUGCGGUUGCUCGUAGGUGCGAAUGGAGUCUCAGUACCUCAAGAGCUGCCUGGGAGAUUGCUUAAAAAAGGGUCUGGCAGAGGUUGUGGAGCGUCAGCCUGCAGACCCCAUACAGUACCUGGCGAGCUGGAUUUACAAUUACAAGAGAACUCUAGAUGAAGAAAAAAAGAGAACGUUGGAAAGGAUUGAACUGGAAAAAGAACAGCAGGCAGCCCUGGAAGAACUUGAAACGUUAAGAAAAAUGAAGGAAGAAGAGCUGAUGAUACAACAGAGAUUUGAAGAACAACGACUGGAACAAGAACGGGAGAAGUUGAAACUGCAGAACAAAGAAGAGAAAAUGCAGCUGCAGCAGCAGGAUCCCGAGGUUUAAGCCAAAGCUUAAUAAAGAUUUGGAAAUAUCGUUAA